AUGGAUCGGCUUCACUGUAUGUACCACCAGAGUAGGGUAAAAAAAGCGAAAUUUUAUAUUAUCCAUGACCAUUGCCAUGGAUAAAAUAAAAAAUCACUCUUAAAUUAAAAUUCACUGCCUAAAAUGAGUCCCUCUUAUCUGGAAACAUCCCAAUAUCUAGCAUAAAGUCCUUGAGGUCAUGUUAAAGCAUCAGUUUCACUCAAAAACUGAUACUGAAAUCGAUUAAACGCUCCCUUUUUAUCAGUUGCGUCCGAGUUUACAACGGUCAGGAAAAUGGCGAUGAGGACACUGUAGUCCGUUGUUGACAGUGAAUUUUACCGCGAAUUUUAUUACUAAAUAUUUCAUGGACACUUUAAUGUGACUAAAAAUUAUUUUUUUUCAGAAAACUUGAGGUCUCACGAACAUUUUUACCUCAAAACUAUGAGUUACGGUCAAACUACCUCAGCUUUAACCCAGAAACCAACCAUUUGGCAGUCAAUACAGCCGUCUGAAAAGACGGUGAAAGGCGUCGUAAUCGGCGGUCUCACUGGCGCCAUCGAGAUCUGCAUCACUUUCCCCACGGAAUACGUCAAAACUCAACUUCAGCUGGAUGAAAGAAGUGCGACACCUAAGUAUAGAGUGAGUUUAGAGGCUUUCUGUGUAUUCUUGAAGGGAUUUAGAGGAGGUUUGAAGGAUAUUUAGGAGUUUUGGAGGCUUUUGUUAUAUCGUACUAGGUAGUGUGGAGAAAAUUUUUGUUUUUUCUUUGAGGAACUUUUGGAACCAAUGGUUUUUUGGUUGAUAAGGAAGAUGUAUGGUUCUGUGAAUGUUCAGAGGUAGUUUUUUUAUUUUGAAAGGUUGAUUUUUUGAUCUUUUUGAUUGGUUUUCUUAGUUUAAUAUCUAAAAUUUUGUACUCUUGAAUUUUCACGGAUUUUUUUCUGUUUUUAUAUUUAAUCUAGAUGGAAUGCGUAAAGAAAUGGAAUUGGGAUGUGUUGGGAUCUAAUUUUUAUGAAAAACUAAGAAUUUUUGGUGUUAGUUUGGGCCACCUAGUGUAAUAUCGAAAAAUUCAAAAAAAUUGUUAGAUAUCGAGAACUUUUUGAUGGCAUAAGUUUCAAUAAGAAUUGUAGAACAUUUUGAAAUUAUUUUUGGUCUUAAAGCUACUAUUUUUCACUGAUUUUAGACUGAUUUGCCUAGUGUAAUAUCCAGAAAUGUUUGAUUUUUAUAUUUUUGUUGGUUUUUUAACUUCCUUUUAAUCUGAAUAAUUUUUCAGGGUCCAGCCGACUGUGUAAAGCAGACCGUCCGCAGUCAUGGCGUCCUUGGCCUCUACCGUGGCCUCUCCGUUCUUCUCUAUGGAUCAAUCCCAAAGUCGUCGUUCAGAUUCGGAACCUUUGAGUUCCUGAAAGGGAAAGCCGCGGAUGAGAAGGGCAAUCUGACGCCGGUGAUGAGAUUACUUUGCGGAUUGGGUGCCGGCUUAUCAGAAGCAGUUUUUGCAGUCACCCCAAUGGAGACCGUCAAGGUGAAGUUUAUCCAUGAUCAGACCCUGGAAAAGCCCCAAUACAAGGGAUUCACGCAUGGAUUGAAGACGAUUGUCAAGAAUGAAGGCUUGGGAGUGAGUUGUUUUUGUUUGUUUUUUGAUUUUUAGGUAUCAAAAAAGUGAAUUUCCUCAAGAAAAGAAUGUGAAAUUUCUGGGACAUCCCUUCAAUGGAUGAACUAGAAUUUUUGGCGAUUGAUCUAUGCUCUAGACAGAGUUUGUACCCAAAAUUUGAAGGACAUUGAUCAAGAUUUUCGCCACUAAUUUUAUAUUGUUUCAGGGUCUCUACCAAGGAGUAACGGCCACCAUGGCGAAGCAAGGAAGCAACCAAGCCAUCCGAUUCUUCGUCAUGGAGACCCUCAAGGACUGGUAUCGCGGCGGGGACCCGAAUCAAAAAGUCUCCAAGCCAAUUAUCGGAUGCAUGGGAUUGGUGGCGGGCGCGGCUUCGGUCUACGGAAACACCCCAAUUGAUGUGGUAAAAACUCGAAUGCAGGGCCUGGACAGACAUAAAUACAAGAGCACAAUCGAUUGCGCUGUCAAAAUUUGGAAACACGAGGGAUUCUUUGCGUAAGUGGAGAUUUUAAGAGUAAAUUUUAUAUUAUACUAGGCAAAAUUGAGGAUUUUUUGGAAAAUUUAGAGAGAAAUGAUGGCGCUAUUAUCUGAAAUUGAUAUAGAGACCAACUUGAGGUCUUAUUGAACUUAUUUUUGUAUUUUUCAGCUUCUACAAAGGCACCGUCCCUCGGCUGAGCCGGGUUUGCCUCGACGUCGCCAUCACCUUUAUGAUCUACGAUUCCAUCAUGGAAGCCAUCAAAAAGUACUGGUAG